GGCGGGGUCAACCCAACCUGACGUUGCCUCUAUAACUUCAGCGACGAUCCAGAUCCGUAGAGCAGAGCAGCGCACCUCCUGAGCUAUGCAGAGCCCUCCCAAGCCCCAGUUUGCCAGCUGGCUCAUAGAGCAGGUGGAGACGGGCCAGUACACGGGCCUCCGCUACGAAGGCCAAAACAAGUUUAGAGUCCCCUGGAAGCACAACUCCAGAAAGGACUGCAACGACGAAGACAGUAAAAUAUUCCGGGCAUGGGCAGUAGCAAGUGGGAAAAUCCGAGAGUUCCCCAACGACAAGGCCAGAUGGAAAACCAACUUCCGCUGCGCUCUGAACAACCUCCAUGAGCGCUUCAAGAUGAUAAUGGAUAACUCCAAGAAUUCGAACGACCCUCAUAAGAUCUAUGAGAUGAUCAACACUGAGUACAACUAUGAAAGCCUGCCCACACAAGACUCCCGGGAGGAUUCUGUCAUCACUCCAGAUAUCUACAGCUCCCCCGUAGAGUGCUUCCCCUCAGGAAACGAGCAUAAUCUACUUCACACUUUCAUGGCCUUGGGUCUUGGCAACCAGAUAUCAGAGGAUCAGCUGUGUGCAGAGGACUAUGGUCAGCACGACCCAACUGCCCCUGCAUGCUAUCCUGUAGCAGCUGAGAACCAGCCGCAGCCUCUACCAGACCAGCCUUCUUACUGUGACGUAAAUCCUGCACCAGUCCUAAGUUCACCUCUGCAGCAUCCAAGUAUUUUUGACCUGGAGAUCUCCAUCCACUACAGGAGAAGGGAAAUGCUAAAGAUGACAUUGACCACGGCUCUCCUCCAGCUCCACUACCAGCAGGAGGCCCCGGAGCUCAAUGGCCAUCAUCUCUGCUUCCCCUCAACAGACAGUCUGCUGGACCACAAACAGGUUGAGUAUACCAACCGCAUCCUCAACAGCAUCCAGAGGGGUCUGUGCCUGGAGGUACGGGACACUGGUAUUUAUGCCUGGAGGCAGGACAGGUGCCACGUGUUUGCCAGCACCAGUGACCCCAGUGUGGCUCACCCAGACCCAAGAAAGCUGCCCCAGAACACCGUGGUGGAGCUCCUCAACUUUGCAAAGUAUGCACAUGAACUGAAGCAGUUUAAAGAGAACAACGGCGGCUCUCCCGAUUACACCAUCAACAUGUGCUUUGGCGAGAAGUUCCCUGAUGGAAAAUCUUUGGAGAAGAAGCUCAUCGUAGUCAAGGUGGUCCCUUUGAUCUGUCGACACUUUCAUGAGAUGGCCCAGAUGGACGGCGCUUCGUCUCUUCACAGCGCCAACGUCAGCCUCCAGAUCUCACACAACAGCCUGUAUGAUCUUAUUAACUCUGUCUUUGGUCUGCCGAUGGAUGAAGAGCCAGCACGGGCCGCUGCAUCUUUUAUACCUCAGUCCUGAACGUGAUCUCUCACCCUGCUCGUAUUCAAAGCUUUGCUCAAAGAGUAGCCGCAACUGAUGACCCGGUGACGGUGUUGGGGUAGAUGAAACAGGAAGACACAGAAUUAAAUUGGGAUUGCAUAAUGGGCCAUUGUUUAUCCACCUUUCCUUUUAGGAUUCUCUCCUGUUCACAUUAGUCACAUACGCAUGUCAAAAAUUGACAUUUUUGUAUCACUACAUAGUGAGUAGAAAUCCUCCAUUAUUGGACCGUUGCAUUCACUGUAAAUGUCUAAUCAUCUCUUAAUACAAGGUAUGGUUCAAUUGAUGUCUGCAAAUGAUGCUUUACAUGGUAAAUCCAGUGGUAAAAUAUGUUACGUUUUUGAUUACAUAUUUAUGAGCCUGUAACUAUUUAUAUAGGUCAUGCAGUGAUAUGAUAUAUACAUACAUAUAUAUAUACAUGUGUUUUGGUGAUGUUUUGCACUUAAGAAUUUGUCAUUUUUAUACUCUGGUCAUUUUUGCACUUUUUUAACUGAAUGUAGCUGGCAGGAUAUUUGAAUUCAAAUAAAUAGUUUAACCUUUAA